AAACAUGAAGCAACAACCGUUGAAAGGUUGGCAAAUUAUAUGGUGGUUGUUUAAAUUACUUGGGUUUCCUAUAACAAUUCCCUGGAUGAUAUACCAUUUUUAUGAUCUUAUGCAACAAAAACGGAGAAAGGCUACGCUUCGUGGGAAGGUUGUAAUGAUAACAGGUGCCAGUUCAGGAUUAGGAGAAACAUUAGCUCAUGCUUUUUAUGAUUGUGGUUGCAAAGUUAUUUUAGUUUCAAGAAGAAAGGAAGAAUUAGAAAGAGUGAAAAGUUCUUUGAUAGAUACUCAUCAUGUAUGGUUGGAUUUACCACUAAAACAUUAUGUUACAAUAAUGAAAUAACACCGAUUCAAUAUUUACAAUACAUAUUUUAGACAAUUGGAUAUUCUGAUUAACAAUGCUGGCAUUUCUUAUAGAGGAGAAGUUGUUACUACUAAUGUAGAUGUAGAUAUAAAAGUAAUGCUUACAAAUUAUUUUGCUCAGAUUGCAUUGGCUAAAGCUGUACUUCCAUUUAUGAUACAACAACAGUACGGUCAUAUAGUAUGUAUAAGUAGUGUACAAGGGAAGAUUUCUAUUCCAAAUAGAUCUGCAUAUGCUGCCUCUAAACAUGCAUUGCAAGCAUGGUGUGAUAGUUGUAGAGCAGAAUUGGCUGAUCAGAAUAUAAAAGUUACUGUCAUCAGCCCUGGUUAUGUACAAACUGCUCUAUCUCUGAAUGCAUUAACAGGAACUGGCCAGAUUUAUGGAGUAAUGGAUAAAACGACACAAGAAGGAUACUCUCCAGAGUAUGUUGCACAUCGCAUUCUAGAAGCAAUAUUAAAAGAUGAGAAGGACGUGGUAAUAGCUACACUUACUCCAAAACUUGCAAUAUAUUUACGAACUUUAUGUCCUACGCUUUAUUUUUGGAUUAUGCAUAAGCGGGCGAAAAAGUCCGAGAAAGAAGCAUAA